CAGUGUUAAUGUGGGUCUGUGUUUUUGUGUUAAUGUGGGGGUAACACUGCUUGUGAAUUUAUGUAUGAGAAACCUUCUGAACUAAAUUAUUUUUGCACUAAAUAAUAUUUAAGGAAAACAGCACACUGUCGCCAUGGUCGCCACAAGCACGUUAAAGACCAAAAGCAGCGACUGUAUCUCAGAAUUGGUGGGGAGAAGAUAUGACCAGGCUUGCAUUGAUAAAGAACUGGACUUCUGGGAUCACUGCCUGGCUGAACCCCAGAGGAAUGGAGAAGUCACUGAAGACAGAACCUGUCAACAGCUGGCCAAAAUGUUUGAAAACUGCCUGUCCCGAGCCAAGAAGACGACCCUGCACUGCUCCUCUGUGCUGGUACCAGAGAAGCUGACGCAGAGGAUCGCUGGGGAGGUGCUGCGGCUGGCGGCCUGCGAGCCCUGCGGCCUGCGGGGGUGCGUCCUCUACGUCCACCUGGACAUGGAGAAGGGCUGCAAGCGGCUGGAGCGAAUCGUGUACGAUGCCACCGUGGUGCCCACCUUUGAGCUGACUCUUGUGUUCAAGCAGGACGGCACCGCCUGGCCCAGCCUGCGGGACUUCCUGUUCAUGGGAACCUGCUUUGCCCCGACUUUCAGACACGUACUCAAACUGAGUUCAGGUUUUCGGCUCGUCAAGAAAAAACUGUACUCCUCCUCGGCUGGCACCAUUGUAGAGGAGUGCUGAACUAUAUAUAUAUAUAUAUAUAUAUAUAUAUAUAUAUAUAUAUAUAUAUUGGGUUUCCUGUAGGUAAAAGCACUUCUGCCCAAAUGUAAAUGACACUCCAUUGGUGUCAUAUUUUCUAGUGUUUUUGUACAAUACACUAUAGUUGAUACACUUUAGAUCAAGACACUAGCCACUUUGUUGACGGUCUGUGUGUUUCCAGAUACACUGAGUAUGUUCAGCAGCUGUAAACGCACCUGGGCACGAUGAAUAGGAGACCGAAGUGAAGUCUUUGGGGGCCAUACUGUAUGUAGCUUGUUGUGUAAUGCUGUAUUUAUGGCUGCGGAUGUUUUUAGGACUGAUCGUCUUGUGAAGAUGCUGCUGUCAUGGUGUGGGCUUCUCGCACUACGGUUAUGUGGAUGCCUUAAAUGUCAGAGAAAUGCACUUUUUGUUUCACUUGGAGCUGUGUGUGUGUUUAGUGUAAACGUUUUAUUGAAUUUUUAUUUUUAUACCCCUUUCUGAAACAUUUCCUUUCAAUGCACUGCCUUUAUAGAUUAUUAAAAGGAUUGUUCACCCAAACGUGAAAGCUUCUUUGAUGUGUUGAUUCUUUAACCUGUGCAAAGCAGUUACUUAAGGUCCAUUUUGUAAUUUGAGAUAUUUGAUGAAUUCCCUAUAGUGUUUUUUUAAAAUGCCAAUUGAACCUCCUGUUGAAGGAAACUGUUUAAUAGACAUUAAACGUGUAAACCUUAUUUUCCUAUACUUUAUGCAAUUUGUAUUGAUGUUACUGUGCAUGUUCUGGAGUUUGGUAGGCAACAGUGGUGCAAUGCAGGCUUUCUAAAUUGAGACAAUGUUGUCCUGGUAUGACAAAAUAAAUUUCAGCUUCACAGGGAAAACUAGCAAACUUUUUCAGAUCCUUUUUUAUCCGUAAAAGUGUCUCUGCAAACAUUUCCAUCUACAGAUUCUGGGAUGUUUCAAUACUCCUGGCACCAUUUGUUUGAUUUUGAGUCCUGACACUUAUCAUCAUUAAUAUUGUAUUUGUAUUGAUCCCUCUGCUCCUGCAGGGCCUUUUGAAAACCGUGUUUGUUGUCGGCAGCAGUUUGUUACAUAAGCACAUCAGCUGCGUGUGUGACAUUUCUCUCUCUGUAAUGGCGGGGUCUCCAUAGUGAUCUGUCGGGUAAAUGAGAUUCAGAUAAACUAAACAUUGUGACACUUG